GGAGUAGGAAAGACGUCCCUGAUUCAGAGCCUGCGCAGCGACUCGUUCAAGCGAGAAUCGAAACUACUAGGAUCCAAGAGCGGCCGCAACCAGCGGAAGGGCAUCUGCAUUGAAGACAACACAACCACGGCGGCGGCCAAGCAGGCGGAUUUCUCUCCUCUUCUCGAUUCACUGACCGACUCCAGCAUCCAGCUUCAAUUCUGGGAGUUCAGUGGUCGAGCCAGAGGGAUUCACGACAUGUUUUGGGCCAACGAACGCAACACGGUCUUGUCGUGGCGUGGAGAGCUGGUUCAAAGCCAUCUACGCGGUGUGUCGCGGCGUCUCCCCUCCGGACAUCGUUGUGCAGAGCUCAGGGACAAGAUCAAACAAAUCGCUUCACAAGAGAUCAGGGCCAGAGAGCAGGUGCCCCUGUCCUUCCUCCUGAUUGAGAAGAUGAUCGCCCAACAGACCGCCGAGUGGCACGAGUGGACCCAGAGCGGCGCCAAUGCUGGCCCCGUGCACGAGGGCGAGAAUCGGUUGGGCGGACUGCAGCUCCCGGUGAUCUCGUCGGCCCAGUUUCGGGCGAUGCUGGAGCUGUGCCACAUCGUGCUGCCGGCUGACUCGCUUAGGGAGCGCCGGCGCAAGACGAGGCAGGUCCGGGACCACCUGCACGCGAUGGGCUCCGCCUUCUGGUUCCCAGGGCUGUCCGACUUCGGCGCCGACCAGUCCACACGCCGGGCCGGCCGUCAUGCUGAGUCCAACUCCGAGAGCCUCCAUUCCGCCGGAAGAAGAGAUUCGAUCAUUGACAAUGACGACAACCAAUCACCGGAUGACGCUCGCUCCGAUGACUCGGACGAAGACGACGAGCGC